ACACAUAAUAAAUAAUAAAUUCGGACACUAAAACGACUAAGAAAACACAGAGAAGAAAGGAGCUCGGAAGAAAAUGGUGGAGCGGAAGCUUUACAAGACGAGGCUUUGCGUUUUGUACCAGAAAGGCCAGUGUCGUCGUCAGGACUGCUCAUUUGCCCAUGGAAACGCUGAGCUUCGUGGCUCCUUCAAUGGUAGGCGGGAUUACCCUGGUGGUGAUUUGAGGGAUAGGCUUGACCGAAGGAGGCACUCGCCACAACAUAGUUAUUCCCCUGGGAGAUAUGUACACAAGCAGCACGCGACACAUGGGGACAGUCCUAGACCACAUGAAAGGAUGAGGAAACGCACAAAGACACAACAUUUGGAAGGACAAAGUGAUUUUCAUGGAAAUUUGAGAUCGUCAGAGGGCAGUGAAGAUAAAGUUAGAGGCUUGAGACAGACGUCUUUGGAAUCAAGAGAUUUUAUUAAAGAAAAGCUUAGACAAGCUCAAUCUGAAAUUAAAAUUCUAGAUGACAACAAACGAGAAUUGGAGAAUUACCUGCAAGUAAUGACUCUUGAAGCUGACAAUCUAAAUUUGAGAGUUCAGGAGCUAGAAAUACAACUCAGCCGAGAAAAAGAGGAAUAUGACAGGUUAACUUCCAAGAUUAAGAAGUUCGUGAAGGCAUACAAUCGUCAAAUGGAUCUAGAAGAUGAACUCAAAAGGUCACGUUCUCGAUUUCAGAAGCUUGGGGAUCAACUUUCUUUAGAUUUCUCUCGAUUUGGUUCAAGUGAGGAGGACGUAAUUUUGAAUAACAGAAGUAUAGGAGAUAGUGCUGGUAAUCAUGGAAGCCCAAAGUAUGGUGUGCCAAAUUCUGCUUCUCCAAGUAGAAAAAGGUCUCGACUUCACUCUGAAACUGAUACUACAUUAAUUCAAGCGAAAGACCAAGACCUUUUGGUUGAUAAUGUUAGGUCAAAGAAGCUUUCUAGAUGGAGUACUCGGUCCAGUACUAAGAAAAAUGCAGACUUACACAACACUUCAAGGGAUUUGUCAAGAUCCUCAGCAGAUGAAUACAAGUCCAAGAAGUCAAAGGAUUCCUCGGUUGAUAGGUCAAUGUUUGAUAAGUCGAGGACAUCCGAAACAGGACAUCUGUUGCCGUCAACUAGCUUGGCUACCAAUCCGAUGGAUGAAGUUGUUGAUAUUGUUGAAACAGAUGAGAAGUCGAGCGGAACUGGAGUUCAAAAAGAUGUGGCGUUCAAGAUUCCACCAUUACCUCUUCCACCUGCACCACCUAUACUUCCUCCGCCUAUUCCUCAAAAUGCUUACGCAGAGUAUAAGGGUGCUGAUGAGAAUGUAGAUGUAGAUGGGAUCGAGGAGGAAGCAGUGGAAGUAGAUAUUGUUUAAAGUUCGUAUCUUUCAGCCAUUAUGCAUUAUCCAGUCUAUCGCCCAUCAUGUAGUGGAGUAUAUGUUGACAACUCUGGCGUAUUUGAAGAAGAUUUUGUACCCGGCUGUGCUUAAUGUACUGGGGAUCAUCAGGUAGUGGUUGUACAUGUUGACGGCUCACUUUGCAGUAUAUGCUGACAACUGUGUCCUGUUAAAGCAGAUUUUGUUUGGUUGAAGCUCUUGUCUGGUAGCUUUUUGUGCGUAAUGCAGAGUAAACAGAGAUCGGGUAGUGUUUGUAAAUGUCGGAUGACUCAUUUCGCAGAUGGUGUACAGUAUUUAAAAGCCAUGGGACAGAAAUCAAAAUUCGACUUUUAGUAUAUUGAAUGCUAACUAAUUAAUGCAAAAAUAUUCCAUUUGAAAUGUAUGCUUGAAUUUCGAAUUCAACUGUCUUUUUAUCUUUAUCAAGUUCAAGUGCCGUACUGGUUUGAAAGAGAUGACAACGUCUUGUUAGACAUUUACUG